UUGAUUACACGUUGAUAUUUUUAAUUUUCGUUACAGGUUAUUUACCCACGGAUCCUUAGCUGGAUGGAUGUAGUGAAGUGUACACAAUUUUAAAUGAUUUUGCAAGUUGAUAAUUAAUUUUUAAUGGCAAAAAAAUAAUAUAUAUAUAAUCAGAACGCUGAAUCAGUUGACAGUGAAUUGCAAACUUAUUAACGACUUGAUUUUACCACAUUCAGUAUGUCUAUAUCGUUUACUUUUGAUAAUAGAUGUAUAAUGAGGUAUCUUUAUGAUUGUCUUUGCCUUUAAUAUGCACGUCAUACUUUAGAAACACAAUCAGGUGCUCGUCAUAACAGACCAAGAUGGGGAAAAACAAGGGGAGAGAUAGAAGUCCCAGAAGAGACAGUAACACUGACAUACCAGAGAUUUCCUGCACUCACAUCCGUAAAGGCACAGACCAAAGCUUACUGAAGAAAGCUGUUUUGAAUGAACACUGGAGCUUGUGUCAAGACUGUGAGCCAGAGACAGAUGAGAUCUCAGAAGAUGAACUUCAUAAAGAAAGUCCUGCUGUGUGGAUGUGCCUGAAAUGUGGCCACAGAGGUUGUGGGAGAUCUUCGGAGAAUCAACAUGCGAUCAAACACUAUGAGACACCUCAAUCUGACCCCCACUGUUUAGUGCUCAAUCUGGAUGUCUGGUGUGUCUGGUGUUAUAUCUGUGAUGAAGAAGUUCAGUAUUCCAGCACAGGGCAGCUGGCACAGCUGGUGAAAAGCAUUAGAAAACAAGUGCUGCCAGAUUCCAGCAAGAAAACCUCAGACAAGUUGAGUAAAACGGAAGAGAGUGUAGAGGAGAAUCCUGCUGGGCAGAUGCUGGAUGAAGAGAAAGGGAACAAAGAGAGCCAGAAGACCAACUCAAAACAUUGCUUUCCCAAAAAGUUGAAAACAGCCACCACAGAAAAUUCUGGUUCUGUGUGUGUCAGGGGUCUCAAUAAUCUCGGCAACACGUGUUUCUUCAAUGCUGUUGUGCAGAAUUUAUCACAGACGCAGUUUUUGAGACAUUUGUUGAACCAGAUUACAGAUGAAAAGAGCUGCUGUCUCACCAUCACACCUGCACUGUCCUCUGAGCUGGAGCCUCUACAGCUCCAGCUGGAAAGGCCCGGGUCACUCACGCUGGCUAUGUGUCAAUUGCUGAAUGAAAUCCAGGAGACCAAAAGAGGUGUCGUGACCCCUAAAGAACUCCUCACACAAGUAUGUAAAAAAGCGGCACGGUUUAAAGGCUUUCAGCAGCAGGACAGUCAAGAGUUGCUGCGAUACCUUCUAGACGGCAUGAGGGCAGAGGAAGUGAAAAGAGUAAAUUCAGGAAUUUUGGAGGCUUUUAAAAACGGUGGCAAAUGCUUGGAAGCUGAGCAGGCGAAGAAGGUUAUAAAAGAGUAUGAGAAAAAUGGUGCGCCCAAGAACUUUGUGGACCAGGUGUUUGGUGGAGAGAUGACCAGCACCUUGAUGUGUAAAGAGUGCAGAACUGUGUCUUUGGUGACUGAGAUAUUUUUGGAUCUUUCACUUCCUGUAGCUGAUGAGGCCUACAGGAAGAAGAAUCAGAAGAAAGUCAUCCAGCAUCGCAGCAAUGUAAGAGAGGAUGGUGAUCAGGACGCCACGACUUCUCUGGCUAAUGGGAACAAAGACAUGCCUACUGGAAAAGGAAGCAAGUACCAGCAGAAGAAAUCCAAAAAACAGGCCAAGAAACAAGCCAAGAAUCAGAGGCGGCAACAGAAAUUGGGCAGCAAGGUCACUCUGGAUGCUCUGACAAAUCAGAACGCAACCAGUAACCCAGAUUCAGCAGACACACCUGUUCAGAGUGUAUCAACCAAUGGGAGCGGUGAUGCAGAAAUGGACGAAAAAACCCAAGAAGAUUUGAGCCAAUCACCCAUUUUGAACACCUCAGAACAGGAACAUGAGAAACCGCUCACACAAAAAGAAGAUGAAAAUGAUGAGGAACCUGAAGAAGAACCUGCUACUUCAAUCAACAACUGCUUUACUGCGUUAUCGGAAGACCAGAUCUCUGAAGAUAUGUCUGUGGAAGGAGAAAAGGGGGAGGAAUUGAAUGAAGAUGAAGAAGAGGGUGGUGCUGCAUGUGAUGGGAUAGUAGAAGAACUGGAUACCUUGUCACUAAACGCAACUUCAGAAGGACCUCAAAGGGCGAUUGAGAAUGGGGAUGAUGCCUUGGAAAAUGCUAAGGAAUACACAGUGGUCAAUCAAGAUCCUGAGCUUGCGUUUCACACGCUGGCCACCAGAGCGUCGCCAGAGAAGCUUGAGUGUUCGGUGGAGUCCUGUCUGUACCAGUUCACUGAGGUGGAACAUCUCGCCGAGAACAACAGACUGAUGUGUGUAACCUGUACCAAACGACAGACUGGACCUAAAGCCUCAAACGGUUGUAAGAAAGCAGUUUACAGAGAUGCACUGAAGCAGAUGCUGAUCUCCUCUCCUCCACCAGUGCUUACACUUCACCUGAAUAGAUUCCAACAGGUUGCAUACAGUAUUUCUAAGGUGAACCGACACGUUCAGUUCCCUCAAAUCCUGGAUCUUGCGCCAUUCUGCUCUUUAAACUGCAAGGGAGUGAAAGAAGACGAGACACGAGUUCUGUAUAGCCUUUAUGGUAUAGUGGAACACAGUGGCACAAUGCGUUCUGGACACUAUACGGCAUAUGUUAAAUCACGACCUUCCACAUGGAACUCUGUAGAAAACAGAUCCACUACUGUUUCAGGUAAUGGUGAGGUCAGUAAAGGAUCCUGGUUUCACAUAAGCGACAGCAGCGUCCACCCAGUUACAGAAGCCAAAGUGCAGAGUUCUCAAGCCUACCUCCUGUUCUACGAAAGGAUCUCAUAACACACGUUAAGAAAUCAUCUUCAAAACAAAGGGCUGCUGAUGCUGAAAUCCAACUCUGCUGCUGGGAAAUCGUGUUGGAGGAAUAGUUCAACCACGAAUGGAAAAAAAAAAGUUUUUUUGUAUGAGCAUCUUCUGUUAUCAUUGUAUUAUCAGCUGCUGUUCCUAUAAAACACAUUGAUGAUGUCACUUAUUUUUAAUUAAUAUGCCAAUUGGUGAUUUUGAAAUUAAUGAAACUGUUUCCAUACCUCUAGAAAUGAUAGAAUGGUUUGACAAGGGUUUGGUUUGUUUUUGGUUUUCAUACAGCAUUCCUCGUACAGAGAAUAUCAGAAUAUUUCCAGACUUGACAAGAACCAUGUUGCCAAGACUUUGGGUGAAUCUCAUAAAGACCUUUCUAGUCAUAUUUUACCCUAAAAUAAUCCUAAUAAAAAUGUCUGCAUAUAUAUAUAGAUUGGCAGCCAAAAAUUGUGAAUAAUGUAAAGAUUUUGCUCUUAUGGAAAAACAUGGGCAGUUCUAUUCAGAAGUGUCCUGCAACUGAUCACAUAUAUGUGAUCCAUAUAUAGUCAGGACAUUAAUAAUGUGAAAAAUUACAAUUUGAAAAUAAAUGUCAGAAUAUCUUAAACCAAUAAGUUCUCAUCAAAAAAUCCUCCACAUGCAGUUAUGACAGCUUUGCAGAUUUUUGUCAUUCUAGCUGUCAAUUUGUCCAGAUACUCGGGUGACAUUUCACCCCGCACUUGCCAUGGAUGUGGCCGUAUUGUCGGGCACUUCUCACGCACCUUACAAUCUAGCUGAUUCCACAAAAGCUCAAUGGGGUUUAAAUCCAUAACACUCUUUUCCAAUGAUCUGUUGUCCAAUAUCUGUUUCUUUGCCCACUCUAACCAUUUCUAUUUGUUUUUUUUUUGUUUCAAAAGUGGCUUUUUCUUUGCAAUUCUUCCCAUAAGGUCUGCCCCCCUGAGUAUUCUCUACUGAUUUACAUUAAACUGGUGUUGAGCGGGUAGAAUUCAAUGAAGCUGUCAGCUGGAGGACAUGUGAGGCGUCUAUUUCUCAAACUAGAGACUCUGAUGUACUUAUCCUGUUUAGUUGUACAUCUGGUCUUCCACAUCUCAUUCUGUCCUUGUUAGAGCCAGUUGUCCUUUGUCUUUGAAGACUGUAGAGUACACCUUUAUAUGAAAUCUUUUUGGGGGAAUUUCAAGCUUUGUAUAACCUUCGUUCCUCAAAACAAUGAUUGACGAGUUUCUAGAGAAAGCUGUUUCUUUUUUUGCCAUUUUUGACCUUAUAUUGACCUUAAGCCAUGCCAGUAUAUUGCAUACUGUGGCAACCCAAAAACAAACACAAAGACAAUGUUAAGCUUUAUUUAACCAGAUAGGUUUCAAAUGUGUUUGAUAUAAUGGCAAGUGAUUGUACCAAAUUAGCAAUUUAGCAUGAUUACUCAAGGAUAAGGUGUUGGAGUGAUGGCUGCUGGAAAUGGGGCCUGUCUAGAUUUGAUUUUUUUUUUUGAAAUAGUGAUGGUGCUGUUUUCUUUACAUCAGUAAUGUCCUGAUUGUACUUUGUGAUCAGUUGAAUGCCACUUUAGUGAAUUAAGGUACCAAUUUCAUUCUGAAACAGCAAAAUCUGUACAUUAUUCCAAACCUUUGGCAGCCAGUGUGUGUAUGUAUGUAUGUAUGUGUAUAUAUAUAUAUAUAUAUAUAUAUAUAUAUAUAUAUAUAUAUAUAUAUAUAUAUAAAGCUCUGGAAGAAAUUAAGAGACCACUGCAAAUCUUUCAGUUUCUCUGGAUUUACUAUUUAUUAGUGUGUGUUUGAGGAAAAUUUACAUUUUUGUUUUAUUCUAUGAACUAUUGAAAACAUUUCUCCCAAAUUCCAAAUAAAAAUAUUGUCAUUUAGAGCAUUUCAUUUCAGAAAAUGACAACUGGUCAAAAUAACAAAAAGAUGCAGUGUUUUCAGUCCUCGGAUAAUGCAAAAAAACAAGUUCAUAUUCAUUUAUAAACAUCACAAUACUAAUGUUUUAACUUACGAAGAGUUUCACAUUACUGUUGGAUGACUUUAUGCAACUCCUGGUGCAAAAAUUCAAGCAUCUCGGCAUUGUUUGAGGGCUUGUGGCCAUCCAUCUUCCUCUUGAUCACAUUGCAGAGGUUUUCAAUGGGGUUCAUAUUUGGAGAUUGGGCUGGACAUGACAGGGUCUUGAUCUGGUGCUCCUCCAUCCACACCUUGAUUGACCUGACUGUGUGGCAUGGAGCAUUGUCCUGUUGGAAAACCCAAUCCUCAGAGUUGGAGAACAUUGUCAGAGCAGAAGGAAGCAAGUUUUCUUCCAGGAUUACCUUGUACAUGGCUUGAUUCAUGCAUCCUUCACAAAGACAUAUCUGUUGAUUCCAGCCUUGCUGAAGCACCUCCAGAUCAUCACCGAUAUCAGGCUGAUUCAUCUUUGUUAAGAACGCAUGAAAUUAUUAUUAUAUUUAAAUUACAAUUGAGCAGAUCAAAAUCUUAUUCUCAUUACUCUAAGUAAACAAAUAUUUUCAAUACAGUAAUGACAGUCAUCAUGUCUGGACACAAUGUAUUUGGACAAAUCAGUGUAAACUAAAAUCAGUACACAAAUACUACAAUGUUACCAAUACUACCAAUUGUACUAUACAAAUGUAUUUCUAAAAUCUUGAUCUAUUUACAACUUAAUGUUACAAUACAAAAAAAAAAUCAACAAAAGUCUUCAUUUUCUUUAUGCAAAAUAUAAUUUCUUAUAUGUAUAAUUUGUUCAAAUAUGACCAGGUCAUGUCUUUACAGUUUUUAUGAGAUUCAUCCUUUUCAAGCAAUCACAAAUUGUUUUCCAUAUAUACUGUAUAGAUUUUUUUUAUAUAUAAGCAUUAUUAUAUUUAAAUAAAUACCUUCCUUUCCUCAACAACAUUGCAACAUCUUCGUCUGGCAUGAAUUUGACUUGUUGAAGUUAAAUUUGUU